GUUACAGUAUCAGCGAAAACGGUCGGACACAGCAUGACUUUAUUUAAUUAUAUUUCGUUUACUUUGUUUAAUUUAUUUCUUUCGGUCGGAGCUCAGUUUCAAAUAGAUUAUGUGUCUAACAUAUUAGAAGGAGCCAGCAAUGCAGUCGAGUUAUCGCAAAAUGACUUAUAUUUUUUGAAUGAUAAGUAUGUUAAUUAUGAAGAGUGUACCAAGGUUGACGUGAAGCUAUAUUACGAAAGUCUUUGUCCAGACUGCAUAAAGUUUGACAAAAAUAAAUUCAGCCCUGUUGUAGAGAAGCUAAAUCAAUACUUAAACAUACAUACUUAUCCAUACGGUAAGGCAAAGACUUUCGAACACAAUGGCCAUUACGACUUCAAGUGCCAGCACGGGCCUGCUGAGUGUUACGGUAACAAGCUCCAUGCGUGCGCCCUCGAUUAUUUCCAAAAUAUUACCACGGCGGUGCUGUUUAACGCUUGUAUGAUGCAUUCCGCAGGCGAUCGCGGUUCAAACGAUGAUGCUGCUGAUAGGUGUGCAUCAUCUAUGGCCUUGGAUUCGAGUCCUAUAAAGGCGUGUGCUAAGCGGGAACGAGGAUCACAGCUUCUCAAAUAUUACGGCGAUGAAAGUAAAAAAGCUAAUUUCUCAUUUGUUCCGUACGUUCUUAUAAACGGUAAGCCGUGGAACAGUGAUAACAACUUCAUGAAAGCUAUUUGCGCAGAGUUUGACAAUCCGCCGCAACCAUGUUUGAAUUUGGAUAGCUUCCCCUGAAUGCGUUAAUGAAAUUUAAUUGGAAAAUAUGAAAUAAUUUAUUAUUUUCAAAUAAAAACGUGACUUUC